AUGCCUUUCAUCCAAGAGUCAAAUGGUCCUUCCGACCCCACGAGCCAGCCCAUUGCCAUCAUCGGCAUUGGUCUGAGAGCUCCCGGCGAUGCUUCUGACCCUGAGAAGUUCUGGCAGAUGCUUCUCGAUGCCCGCUCUGCGCGCUCCGAGAUCCCCAAGGACCGUUACAAUGUUGACGGCUUCUACCACCCCGACCCCGAGAGACUGGGCAGUAUCCAACCCAGACAUGCACACUUCCUCAAGCAGGACUUCAAGGUCUUCGAUGCCCCCUUCUUCUCGGUCACGCCCAAAGAGGCCAAGGCCAUGGACCCCACACAUCGCAUGCUUUUGGAGGCUACCUAUGAAGGCUUCGAGAACGCUGGAUUGAGACUGGAAGAUGUCUCCGGAACACAGACCUCGUGCUACAUUGGUACUUUCACGGGUGACUUCCCCAACCUGCAAGCUCGCGAUAACGAGGGACCUUCAAUCUACCACGCCACCGGUCUUUCCUCCUCGUUGGCAUCCAACAGACUGUCAUGGUUUUACAACCUGAGAGGACCUUCCAUGACGAUCGACACGGCAUGCUCGUCGAGUUUGACGGCAUUCCAUCUGGCUUGCCAGAGCAUCCGUACCGGAGAGGCAGAGAUGAGUGUUGUAGCAGGUGCCAACCUCAUGUUCGGACCCGACAUGUCCAUCCUUCUCGGCGCGGCCAAGAUUCUUUCCCCCGAGGGCAAGUCCAAGAUGUGGGACGCCAACGCCAACGGCUUUUCUCGUGGUGAGGGUUUCGGUGUCACCAUUCUGAAGCCCCUCGACGCUGCUCUCCGUGAUGGUGACACUGUCCGCGCCGUCGUGCUGGCAUCGGCGGCCAACGAGGACGGCAGAACUCCUGGUAUCUCUCUGCCUAACAGCGAGGCCCAACAGGAGCUCAUCCGCACUGCAUACCGCAACGCUGGCGUUGACCCGGCGGAGACCGGCUAUGUCGAGGCUCACGGCACCGGUACCCAGGCUGGUGACCCGUUGGAGGCACGCGCCAUUCUCAACACCAUCGGCAACCAGCCGAGCCGUCAGUCUGAGCUCUACGUCGGCUCAGUGAAGACCAACAUUGGUCACUUGGAGGGCGCCGCUGGUGUCGCUGGUGUUAUCAAGGCUGCUCUCGCUGUCGAGAGAGGUCUUAUCCCUCAAAACCUUUGGUUUGAGGAGCUCAACCCUCAAAUUGAGCUUCCCGACAAGGUCAAGAUCCCCGCAACACUGACCGUGUGGCCGAGCACUGGUCCUCGCAGAGCCAGCAUCAACUCUUUCGGUUUUGGUGGCGCCAACGCACACGUCAUUCUCGAAGAUGCGGCUUCAUACCUCUUCCGCCACGGUCUUCCGGGACGUCACGCCACUGUCUCCCGCCCCCUUCUCCCCAAGUCCACCACAUCCGAAGAUGGCACUGGCAGCACUGCCAGCGAGACUGAGCCUACUCCCAAGCUCAUUGUCCUCUCCUCCAACGACCAGGAGGGUGUCAAGCGCAACGUGGAGCGCCUCCAGUCCUACCUCGAGACAAAGACCACCGUCUCAUCCACUUACAUGACCGACCUCGCUUACACCAUGGCCUCCAAAAGGACCGCGCUGCCUUGGAAGUCCUUUGCCAUUGCUUCUGAUGUCACCGGUCUUCUCGAGAACCUGGACACAAUCCCGGCCGUCGUUCGUUCUUCCGACUCUACUAUCCCCAGGGUGGCCUUUGUUUUCACUGGUCAGGGAGCGCAGUACUUCCAGAUGGGCAAGGGUCUUUCCGCCUACAAGGUGUUCCGGGACAGCAUGCUUCGCUCCGAGGCAUCAUUGAAGGCCCUCGGCUGCACGUGGAACCUGACUGAGGAGCUGAACCGCCCCGAGAAGGAGUGCAACCUUCGUCGCACCGACUACAGCCAGCCGGCUUGCACUGCCCUUCAGGUUGCUCUCGUCGACCUCAUGAAGUCUUGGGGCGUUCAGCCCGUUGCCGUCGUUGGUCACUCCAGUGGUGAGAUUGCUGCCGCGUACUGCGCCGGCUUUAUCGACCACGACGCUGCUGUCAAGAUUGCUUGGUUGAGAGGCCAGGUUUCUCAGACCGUUUCUCAGACGGGUGGCAUGUUGGCUGUUUCUGCCAGCGCUGAGAGCGUUGCCGAGCACCUGCAGUCCCUCAAGUCCGGCAAGGCCAUCGUGGGAUGUCUCAACAGCCCCAAGUCCUGCACUGUCUCUGGUGACGGCGCUGCUAUUGAGGAGCUUCAGGAGGUUCUCAAGGAGGCUCAGAUCCCAUGCACUCGCCUGUCCAUCGAUGUUGCCUACCACUCUUUCCACAUGGAGGCGGCAAGGGAAGCCUACGAGUCUGCUCUCGCUGGAGUUCCUCACGGCUCCUCUGACAUCCCUCUGUUCUCUUCCGUGACUGGCAAGCUGGUUGAGCCUGAGCAGAUGAAGCCCUCUUACUGGGUUGACAACCUCGUCUCACCGGUGAACUUCGUCGGUGCAGUCCGCUCUCUGUUGCACAACACCCAGGGCAAGACCAAGUCGCACGAUCGCAGCGCUUUUGCCAGCAUGUUCGUCGAACUGGGUCCUCACUCUGCCCUGAGAAGCUACCUCCUUGACACCUUCGCCACCGAGGACCGUUUCUCCGACCUCUCCUACACCAACGUCCUCAGACGUAAGUUCGACGGCGUUCAGACGGCCCUGGAAGCCGCUGGUCAGCUUUGGGCUAAGGGUUCCGUAAUUGACAUCAACCGCGUCAACGAGAUCAGCGACAGCCCUAGCAUGCUGGUUGACCUGCCUCCCUAUGCCUGGAACCACACCCGCGCUUUCUGGGAUGAGUCUUACCUCAGCCGCGAGUACAGACUCAGAGAGAAGCCUCGCACCGAUCUCCUCGGUUACCGCAUCCCCGGUACGCCCGAUCCCACUUGGCGCAACUUCCUCCGUUGCAAUGAGAACCCUUGGAUCCGCGAGCACAAGGUCCAGGGCGAUAUUCUCUACCCCGGUGCCGGUAUCGUUGUCAUGGCUAUCGAGGCCGCUCGUCAGCUUGCCGAGGAGCACGCUGAGGAGGAAGUAUUCGGCUACGAGCUGCGUGACGUCUCCAUCGACACCGCUCUCAGAGUGCCCGAUACUGAGAAGGGCAUUGAGGUUAUGAUCCAGCUGCACCCUCGCCGUACUGGCACCAAGGCCGGUCCUUCUGCUACCCUGAACGAGUUCGCCGUCUCUUCCUGGUCUGAGGAGAUCAAGGAGUGGACUGUUCACGCUCGCGGUCUGGUUUCUGUCACCUACAAGUCUGCGCUCUCCCCUGCCAUGCAGCGCGAGCUGGCUCUUGAGAACGAGCGCUAUGCCAAGUCUUUUGCCGACGCCAAGGAGAUUUGCCAGAAGCCUGCUCGCAGCUUCCUCUACGACACCGUCGAGACUAUCGGCAUGCAGUACGGUCCGACCUUCCGCAACAUGACGGAGCUGUUUGCCGGCCCGAGCUCUAGUUACGGUGUCAUCAGCGUUCCCGACACCAAGGCUGUCAUGCCCAAGGGCUUCGAGUACCCUUCUGUCGUCCACCCCGCCACUCUUGACUCUGUCCUUCACUUGCUGUUCCCUUCCAUCAGUGGCGAGGACCAGUCUCUCAGCGAGGCCGUCGUUCCUUUCUCCUUCGACCGCAUCUUCGUUUCCGCCAAGCUGUCCUCGGUUCCUGGAACCAAGCUUCACGGAUGCUCCACCGCUCAGAAGACUAGCUACACCACCUGGAAGUCGUCUAUCACUAUCUCCGAGGAUCUCUCCGAGCCCAUGAUCAUCAUGGACGGCGUUUCUUUGGCUUCUGUUGGUGAGGGAGAGGCCUCGCAGGCUCAAGAGACUCGCGCUUCCUGCUUCGGUCAAUACUGGCAUGAGGACGCCGACCUCCUUGAGCCGUCUCAGAUCAAGGAGCUCGUCUACAAGCGCACCCUCAAGAGCAAGGACGACGACUCUGUUCUCGACAAGCUUGAGUACGUCUGCCUGGUCUACAUCUACCGCUGCCUCGCUUGGCUCGAGAGCGAGGAGGGCAAGGCCCAUGUUCCCCAAGACGGCUUCUGGGCGCUUUACGUCCAGUGGAUGCACGACACCAUCAAGCAGUUCCCUCCUCUCCCCGCCAGCGAGGCUGAGAUUGAAGCCGAGAUGGACGCCUGCCGCAAGAGAAUCGUUCUCUCAGACAGCGGAGACAUCACUGUCCAGAUGGUAGACCGCAUUGGCCAGAACUUGGGCCGCAUCUUCUCUCACGAGGUCGAGCCUUUGCAGGUCAUGACCGAGGGCGAUCUCCUGUACACCUUCUACCGCGGUGCCUUUGGUACUAGCUUCAACACCAACGUUGCCGAGUACGUUGGACUUGUCGCUGACAAGAGCCCCGGAGUCAAGAUCCUGGAAAUUGGUGCCGGUACCGGUGGUACCACUUACCACGUUCUCGAGCGCCUGCGCAACGCCGAUGGCUCCUCCAAGGCCUCGAAGUACACUUUCACCGAUAUCUCUCCCGGUUUCCUGGCCAAGGCUGCCGACCGCUUCAAUACCGAUGCUUCCAUCAUGGAGUUCACCACCCUCAACAUUGAGAACGAGCCCACUGAGCAGGGAUUCACCCCUGAGAGCUACGAUCUCAUCGUUUGCGCCAACGUCCUUCACGCCACCAAGAGCAUCCAGGAGACCCUGGCUCACUGCAAGUCUCUUCUGAAGCCUGGAGGUCGUCUGGUUCUCUCCGAGGUCACUAUCAAGCGCAUCUUCAGUGGUUUCAUCAUGGGUCCCCUUCCUGGUUGGUGGCUUGGUGAGGAUGACGGUCGCACUGGUGGUCCCCUUCUGGACGUUGAGGAGUGGCAGACUGCCCUGACUCUUGCUGGCUUCUCCGGUGUCGAUGUUGACAUCCGUGGUGAUCGGGAAGCCUCCAAGGAGCCCGUCUCGCUCAUCAUUUCGACCAAGCCUGCCAAGGAGACCCCCGGUCCUUCUGGCUUCGUUGUUGUCAGCACUGGUACCGAAGCCUCUGACAAGCUCGCCCAAUCCAUCCAGAAGCAGUUCUCUGCAGCUGGCCAGACGAUCUCGAUCGCACAGUGGAACGAGGUUUCCGAGGCCCAGGUUGCUGACAAGUACUGCCUCAGCUUGGCAGAGUGGGAGAACCCGGUCCUGGCUACUCUCACCGAUGAGAACUGGGAAAAGCUGCGCCAGGUCAUCCUCGGCUCCGCUGGCACCCUUUGGAUCACUGGUGGUUCCGCCAUGGAUUGCCCGGAUCCGAUGAAGUCUCUGAUGGUUGGUCUCGCGAGAGCCAUUCGCAACGAGGACGCCGGUGUCCGUCUCGCCACCCUCGACAUUGAGACUUCCGACAAGGUCAACUUCGAGGAGGCUGCCAAGAACGUCCUAAAGGUGGCCUUGGGCCACGCUCAUGGUGAUGGCUUUGAUGGCGAGUAUGCUGCUCGCGAUAGCACCGUCUACGUCCCCCGCGUCGAAAGAACCCUCAAUGUUGAUGGUUCCCUCCGCAAGUAUGAGGCUAAGGGCCAGCCCGAGCUUGUCUCCUUCAAGGGCUGCGGACGUCCCCUCAAGCUCACCAUCAAGACUCCUGGUCUGCUCGACACCUUCCGCUGGGAGGAGGACGAGACCUACUACCAGCCUAUGCCUGAAGACUGGAUCGAGAUUGAGGUCAAGGCCGUCGGCCUCAACUUCAAGGACGUCCUUGUCGCCCUUGGUAACCUGGCUGAGAACAAGCUUGGUGUUGAUGCCUCUGGUGUUGUCACCCGUGUUGGCUCUGCUGUUACCGACUUCAAGCCUGGUGACCGUGUCAUGACGGCUUCUUGCGACACUUUCGCCACCUUCGUCCGUUUCCCUGGCAAGGGUGCCAUUCCUGUUCCCGAGCACAUGAGCUUCGAGGAGGCUGCUUCCAUGCCUCUCAUCUUCCUCACCGCCUACUACUCUCUGGUCACUGCCGGCGCCCUGUGCAAGGGCGAGAAGAUUCUCAUUCAUGCCGCCGCUGGAGGUGUCGGCCAAGCCGCGAUCAUGAUCGCCCAGCAGAAGGGAGCCGAAAUCUUUGCUACCGUUGGUCCUGAGGAGAAGAAGCAGCUCAUCAUGGAGCAGUAUGGUAUCCCGGAGGACCACAUCUUCAGCAGUCGUGAUACUAGCUUCGCUAAGGCGAUCAUGCGUGCGACUGACAACAAGGGUGUGGAUGUCGUUCUCAACUCCCUUGCUGGCGAGGCCCUUCGCCUGUCAUGGCACUGCCUGGCCAAGUUUGGUCGCUUCCUGGAAAUCGGUAAGGCCGAUCUCUUUGCCAACACCGGUCUGGAUAUGAAGCCCUUCCUCGACAACAAGAGCUACAUCGGUGUCAACCUUCUCGACUUCGAGAACAACCCCACCCCUCGCGCCGUUGCUCUCUGGGAGGAUACCGCCAAGCUCAUCCACAACGGCUCCGUCAAGCCCAUCUCUCCCAUCCAGCUCUUCACCAUGGCCGAGGUCGAGAAGUCUUUCCGUCACAUGCAGGCGGGUAAGCACAUGGGCAAGGUCGUCGUACGUGUCGACGAUGCGGACAUGGUUCCUGCUGUCCCUCGCACGCCUACUGUAGGUAUCCACGCCGAUGCUACCUACGUCGUCGCUGGCGUUGGUGGUAUCUGCAAGGAGAUUGGUCGCUGGCUGGCUGAGAAGGGCGCGAAGCACCUGGUUCUGCUGUCUCGUUCCGCCGCCAGCGGCGAGGAGAACAAGGCAUUCGCCGCCGAGCUCCAGAACACCUACGAGGCCAACACUUAUGCCUACGACUGCGAUGUCGGUAACAAGGCGGCUUUGCAGGAGGUCUUGGACGACCUCAAGUCCAAGAACGUCCCUGAGAUCAAGGGAUGCGUCACCGGUGCCAUGGUUCUGCGGGAUACUCUCUUUGACAAGAUGACCGCGGAUCACGUCAGAACUACCGUCGGUCCCAAGGUUCACGGCACCUGGAACCUCCACGAGCUCCUCCCUCGUGAGCUCGACUUCUUCGUCAUGCUCAGCUCGCUUGCAGGUGUCAUGGGUCACCGCGGACAGGGCAACUACGGCUGCGGUAACAUCUUCCAAGACUACUUCGCAUCCUACCGCCGCAGCCUGGGUCUCCGCGCCAUGACCAUCGACAUCGGCUACCUCCUCAGUGUCGGUUUCGUCGCCGAGCACGAUGAGUACGUCGACCACGUCAAGGCCAUGGGUCUCAAGGUCAUGCACAAGAGCGACCUCCACGGCCUCAUGGCCACCGCUCUCGAGGGCACCGACGCCCACCCGCCCCAGGUCAUGUGCGGUCUCCCCUUCAACGAGCACGACGACGCGUGGUACUGGAUCCAGGACCAGCGCUUCGCCGGCCUCCGCAAGAUGGCUUCCGGUUCUGGCGCCGGCGGCUCUGCCACUGUCUCCCUGCGUGACGAACUUGUUCGCUGUGGAAAGGUCGAUGAUGAGGCUGUCCACCUCAUUACUUCUGCGCUGGUGCAGCGUCUGGCCAAGUUGAUGAUGAUGCCCGAGGAUGACGUUGACGCCGGCAAGCCGCUUAGCGCCUACGGUGUCGACAGUUUGGUGGCUGUUGAAGUGCGCAACUGGAUUGCCAAGGAGGUGGCAGUCGAGGUCAGUGUGUUUGAUAUCAUGGCGAACAUUCCCAUGAGACAGCUUGCCGCGGAUUUGGCUGGCAAGAGCAAGCUUCUGGUUCAGGAGUCUUCGUAA